AUGUAUAUGUCAUUAUUUGUUUUGAUAUUACUUUCGACUGUUCUAGUAACAUGUAAUUCAACAUAUAUAACACUCUAUAUGGACAAAAGAUCAACAAAUUCGUCAAAUACAACUCUUUGUGGUUCAUCUCCACUUGUUUUGGAUGCAUGCUCCUCUUUAAGUACUGUUAUUUCAAGCUAUUUAAAUAUUACUUCAAACAACUCAGAGAAUGGUCUUCCUUUGAUGAUCUACGUUGCACCAGGAACCUAUAAUUACACAGGAAAUAGCGAUCUUAGUUUUCACGGCUUGAAUAUUAGUUUGUAUCAGACUCCAAAAACCGAAGGUCAAGUAACCUUUGAUUUUACUGCUGCCGAUACUUUACCCAAUAACUAUAAAAGUAUGUUCACAAUCUCUGUCGACACAUGGGAUGGCCCUUAUUUACCGUCAGCAAUUUCCAUCAACAAUUUCGAAUUUUUAAAUGUCAACAAGGUCAUCAAUGUCGGAAUUUUCGGAUCAAUAUUAAAUAUCUCAAUCAUUAGUUCAACCUUCAACUAUAUAUCAUAUGGUGGAGAGUUACUAUCAAUGAAUAUGGCUCACCUCACCGAAACUCAACCUUAUAUCAAUCUCGAUAUUUCUGGAUCUACAUUCAAUAAUAUUAGUUCAAUUGCUAGUUUUCAACCAAAUAAUUUUAUAAUUGUAACUGUUGUGGUGUCAGACUCACAGCUUAGAACAGAUCUUCCAUUUAAUCAAAGUGAUAUCGAUCGACAGUUGAUUCAAUUUGAAUAUGGAUCUCUUUUGCUGGAGAAUGUUGACUUUAUCACAUCUAUACCACUGAUCACAAAUCACGUCCUUAGACCAACCACUUUUACCAUAAUUGGCAGUAACUUUACCAGUAUUCCUGACUCCCCACAUCUUAUUGAUGUUGCCGCUGGAUAUUUCAAUGUUAGUAGUUGUAUUUUUACAAACACUAAAAUACAUUUGACUGCCCCUGGUGGAUGUGAAAUCAUUGACUCAAAGUUCGAUCAUAAUCAAUUUUAUUUCGAAAUUGCAAAUUGUUUCAUUAACAAUUCAAAUUUUAUCAAGUAUAAUGGUACAGAUUUGAUCUGUUUAGACUAUUUCACUCCACCAACAGAAAUAACAUUUACCAAUUUAAAAACCAACAGUCCACUAAGUAUUUCAAAUAAUGGUUGUAUUAUUCAAGGAAUCCCAAAAAUCAACAAAAAACUCCCUGCCUGGGCAAUAUCACUCAUUAAUGUUUCUGUGGAUAUCGAAGUCGGAUAUAAUAGAUUGGUUGGAGAAACCGAGAAUUUUGUCAUCUUUACUGAAUAG